UAUGAAUGUUAAAUUGUCUACACGCGAAGGUCAGAUUGUACAUCCGUACCACGCAUCGGGCAGAAGUCAAGACAAGCAUGUCGUCCAACAGUGCCGCCUCUACGUACGAGAUUGCCGACAAAAUUCCCCCUCGGCGUCAGUACUUUCGAGAGAAGCGUCGCGAGUAUCACCGCAAGAUGAUUGCUGACGAGACGACUAUCAAAGCACAGUGCGCGCACCUUCAGUCGAUCCUUGUCCGUCUUAAAACAGGCAGGACGUCGUCCAAGGUGCCGCGUGAAGCAAGCGAUGGUCCAUUAUCCUGGCAUUCCAUUGCCAUGGUGUUCAAAAGAGAAGUCCAUCAGGUCUUGAGGGACCGCCAGUCACUGGUCACUCAAACGCAAGAGUUGGAAUCCCUCACGAAGGCCAUGCAACGCUUUGUUUUGACGAAUAUUCCGCCAGCCAUGUCCCGCAGCAAUGCGUGGCACAGUGCGACGUUGGUGGCCGACCCGAGGGCUCGAAACCUGGGCAAGAAGUGGCUCACGCAGCAAAUGUACCACAACAUGCACGAGCCGUUCGCGUUAUUUCCUGUUGUGGGCUAUGACGAGGAUUUUUACCAAUUUGACUUUCAAGCGUCGGACGAGCUCAACGAUCCGUUUACGUGGAUUGAGCGGAUACAGUUCACGUGGCCAGGAACGGUGCAAAUGUUUCGACGCUUGAUCGAGACCAACAUGCAGGCGAUGCAUGUCCCCAAUUAUGUCCAAACGGUGGUGGAAGAGGUCACAUCCAACACACGCCUGAUUCACACGACCACACCCACAGGCAUCUUCGUGAACGCUCUCCAAGGACACUUCGUCGAAGCAGAUCGGUUGGUCAAGGUCAUGUGCCAAGUCGAACACGACGAAGCCCAUGCGUGCCUUCCCCUCCAAAAGCAGCACCAUGUCAUGUCGUGGACCGAGGUGCGACAAGUAUCGCCAACACACAUCUUGAUGCGCUCUGUCAGCCAUGUGUCGCACAUAUUUCGACCUGCCACCGGGUUUGUGAGUGUGGAUGAGUUCGCGGCUUUGAAGGGUGUCGAUGUGACGGGCAUCGAAGACGGCCAGAAGGAUGCGUACGUGCAGCGCGAAAUCAUCAAACAAAAGCAUGCGCGUUUCUUGCCGUGGAGACAACGUGUUAUGGCUUUGAUGCACCAGAGGGCGACAAAUUAAUUCUCUGACCACACUCAACCACUGUAGUAUACUGUUAUAUCGUUAACGUAACAGACCAAUUUACUGUUAAGAACACA